CGUGUGUGUGUUUGUGUAUGUAUUUAAUCAUGAGUGUCGGUGGGUGUUCCUGACUUGAUAAGAUAAGAAAUAUAUAUGAACAAAAAGUUAUGAUAAGUGAGUAAUUCCAAAAUCAUCUGUUUCAUAUUUCUUGGGCCUGUUUCGUCAUCAAAGGAGUUUUUUUUAGUUUGGACAGAGAGAGAGAGAGAGACAAAAAAAAAAAGACGGAAAGAGCAGGUAGAAAGAAGGAAGUCAAAAAGUUUUAUCGAACCUCACCAGUUUAACUAGAUAUAUUCAAUUAUUCAAGGUGCACAGGAUGAGAAAACAUAUUACAACUUUGAUUUUUCUCUCCAAUAUAAUUAUUUGUGCUUCAAAAACAUGGACUUACGAGGACAAUCUUGGUGAUACUGAAUACUGCUGUAUUUGUGAUAAAGAUUUUAUUAAAGAAGAAACAAUACAAGAAUGUUAUAUAAAAAAUAAGAAUGAUCCUCGUCAACCAUUUUGCAAUUGCAAUAAAGGCAGGCUUCCAAAGUGUUCAAAAUCUGCCACUAUUUGCAACAGACAAAUAACAUGUCCCGCAAACCUUGCCUAUCAAAAUUGUGCUGUGCCUUUUGUGGGUGGUGCCAAAUUGGUAUGCAAUGACAGCCUACUGUGGGAACCACUUUUUACAUGUCCAGAGUGUCCAGAAAAUACAACUGUUUGCAACAGACAAAUAACUUGUCCUGAAAGACUUUAUUAUCAGGAAUGUAAGGUGCCAUUUGUGAACAAUGCCACAUUGAAUUGCAGUAACAGCCUGAAAUGGGAAUCAAACUUUACGUGCCCAGAAUGUCCAGAAAAUACAAUUAUUUGCAACAGACCAGUAACAUGUCCUGAAAGGCAUUAUUAUAAAGAAUGUAAGGUGCCUUUUGUGGACAAUGGCAAAUUGGUGUGCGGUGAGAAUCUGGAAUGGAAACCACUCUUUACAUGUCCAGAUCCUGAAAGUCCAAUUCUUGCAAUUAUUUUGGGUAUCCUCUUUGGUGUUGCUCUUCUUAUUAUUAUUAUUGCAGGUGCUGUAUGCUGUCUUAGGAGACGAAGAAGCUCAGGUAUUACAAUUCAAAGAGAUAGCGAAGAAUACAGGCCACAAGACACUGGAAUAAUUACACCUGAUGCAGGUCAAGAUCCAGAAAAUGGAAUACCACUUAGGCCACUACCAAAUGGAAAUGCAGGAGGUGAUGCUGAAAAUAAUGAAGGAAAUGAUAUACCAGGUCAAGAUCCAGAAGAUGGGGGACAAGACAUUCCACUACUAAAUGGAAAUGCAGGAGACAAUGCUGGAGGUAAUGAGGGAGAUGAUAUACCAGUACCAAAUGGAAGUGAAGAAAGGGGAUCAGGUUCUGUGCAUAAUUCUAGUUGUGGAGAAGAUGAAGGAGACUUCCAACCAUUGAUUAGUAUGACUAGUGGUAUUGAAGAAACAGGAUCAAAUUCUGGAAAUGAAGACAUUACAAACGUCAUUCGACCAUUAAAUGUCCAUGCUGUUGAAAACGAUCCUCCAAAUGAUGCUGUUGAAAACGAUCCUCCAAAUGAUCGAAGCAUUUUGUAUGCAGAUGAACACGAACAUUUACCUCUUUCAUCACUAUCUGCAGAUUCCUAUCAAGACUUAAACAAUAUGGAAAUGAAUAUUUAAGCCACUGCACAGUCCAUUUCUCAUUUUAACUCAAGCGAAAACCUUAAGUGCCUGCUCUACAUGCUGAUCUCCAAUGGACACUGAAAAACUGACUGUGAUAAUCUUUCUA